AUGAAUUAUAACGAUGCAAAGGGUUACGAUUUCGACUCGGGCAACACCAACAUUGACCCAGCCGUAUUGAGGGAGCUACCAGAGGGAUGCAAAGUCACAUCCAUCGAGAACCAUGGUGUGAGCUUCUGGGCAAAGACGGGUCGAAUUGAAGUUCUUCUCAAAGAUGGCACACCUCAGUCGUUUUUCAUCAAAGUCCUAUCGAAGGAAAUAGGCAGGAGCAUGACAGAGGGGGAAUUCCAUUCGAUGAGCGCGAUACAUGGAGUCGUACCAGAAUUCGUCCCAAAGCCCAUCGCUUGCGGCACUUACGAGAACAUUCCAGACACGCACUUCUUCGUCUGUGAGUUUCGAGAAAUGACGGAGGAUAUGCCCGACCCUGACGAGUUUGCUUCUCGUCUGUCAGCGAUGCACCAGAAAAGUGCCUCACCUAUUGGAAAGUUCGGCUUCCACGUCACAACCUACGCGGGAAAUUUGCCCCAGUACGUGGCAUGGGAAGAUAGCUGGGAGAAAUUCUUUACCAAGUCAAUGAGACAGGCUCUUGACCUGGAGAUCGCGGUGAAAGGAAACAGUGAUGAGCUUGAGGCUCUUUCGCAAGCGCUUUUCGAGAAGGUUAUCCCGAGGCUCUUGAGGCCUCUCGAGAGUGGCGGCCGGACUGUGAAACCUUCGUUGAUUCAUGGCGACCUUUGGUAUGCAAAUGCAGGGAUUGAUGUCGAGAGCGACCAACCUCUUGUUUUCGAUGCAUGCUGCUUCUUUGCACAUAACGAAUAUGAGUUUGGCCAAUGGCGACCAGCUUGUAAUAGGUUUGGAGAUGAGUACGUCGCUGCAUACAACACAUUUGCCCAGAUCUCGGCACCCGAAGAGGAUUUUGAGGGUCGGCUAGACCUCUAUAGGCUCAGAUUUGACACUCACGUGUCGGCCCUUUUUGUUGACAAUGAGACACUUCGCACACAGUGA